AUGGCGACUACCGUGGAUGCCAAGCUGCUGAAGCAGACCAAGUUCCCUCCCGAGUUCAGUCGGAAGGUGGACAUGACCAAGGUCAAUAUCGAGGUUAUGAAGAAAUGGAUUGCGGGCAAAAUCUCGGAUAUCCUAGGCAAUGAAGAUGACGUCGUGAUUGAGCUGUGCUUUAAUCUGCUGGAGGGGUCCCGCUUUCCCGAUGUCAAGUCCCUACAAAUCCAGCUUACGGGCUUCUUGGAUAAGGAUACGGCGAAAUUCUGCAAGGAGCUUUGGUCUCUAUGUCUGAGUGCGCAGGAGAACCCUCAGGGCGUGCCGAAGGAGCUCUUGGAAGCGAAGAAGCUGGAACUCAUUCAGGAGAAGAUCGAAGCGGAGAAAGCUGCGGAAGAGGCUCGUCGACAGAAAGAACAAGAGCGUACACGAGAACGCGAAAUGGAACAGCUGCGGAGAAGAGAGCGCAACGAUCGCGGCCGCGGAGGCCGAAGGGGCGGGGCCCGCGGAGGGCGCGACUUUGAUAGACGUCGGUCUCCGCCGCGGAGGCACAGUCGAGAGCGUUUCCGAGAGCCGCCCGCUCGCCGCGAAUUCGACUCCUACGUGCCCUCGGGUCCCCGUCGCGGUCGCUACCCUUCACGAUCGCCCAGUCGGUCGCGGUCGCGGUCGCGAUCGGUAUCUUCGUCUCGGUCGCCCCCUCCUCGUCGGCAGCGCCACGCAAGCAGGGACAGGGGAGACAGAGACAGACACAGGAACAGAGACAAACCCAGACGCCGCCGGUCGGUGAGCAGCUCCGUCUCCUCGGAACGAGGGGACCGCCACAAAAGGCCGCGAAGGCGCAGUCCGGUUUACGGUGAUCGAGCUAGAUCCAUUUCCCACAGUGAUUCAUCGCGCUCACGUUCUCCCAGAAGAGACCGACGGAGACCCCGAUCCGUGUCUUCCCGCAGUUCAUCCCGGUCCAGAUCCCGGUCGCCACUAGAGUCGGAGGAUAAGGGCGCCGCUAGACGGAGGAGAUCUUCGCCUUAUUCUUCACGAGCUGAUAAGAGAGAAUCCCCCGCUGAUAUUGCAAAGGCCCGCAAGUCCCGUGACCACCGCCGCUUGAGUCGCAGCAGAGAGCGCGACGACCACCGCAGGCGUCGAUACUCCAGAAGCGUCAGCCGCAGUCGCAGUCGCAGUCGAGGCCGUUCUCGCACUGCCAGUUCUAGUCCGAGGCGGGGAGGAGAUUCGCGCAGUCGGAGUCGCAGUCGAACUCGCAGCCGCAGCCGCAGCCGUGGCCCUAGAGACAGGAAGCGACGUCGUUCUCUACAACGAUAUGCGCCUGCCGCUCGACGUCGUCGUAACACCUCUUCCGUAUCCGUCCGUAGUGAUAAACGACAGAGGAUGACUGAUCAGGAAGAACCCUCCGCACGAGGCUCGGCCUCGCCUCCGCCGCCUGAGAAAACAAGCUCGGCGGAUCAAAAGCCCAAGGAUACCGAAGAGGUGGGUGAAUAA